CUAAUGUAAAAUGUAAAGUUGGCCUGAAUUAGUUUUGACACAUAAUGUAGACGUGUCUUUCCAUUCGUCUGUUUAAAACUGCACCACAUCAUAAGCCAUAAUGAAAACAGACAGAGUGCAUUGUAGCAGUUAUUUUUAGAUCAGUCUCGCAAAGGAAUCACAGGGGACUUUCACAGGGAUACUGUCUGUAGCUUCACAAAGUCUGCUUCGCUUUGGUUUUCUGACACAUUUUUCAUGUAAAAGCACUUUCAAGGGCGCUCUUGGAAGAAGAAGGAAGACAUGCUAAAAUGUGGUCUAAUCAGCAUUCAAGAGAAAGAAUUAUAGAUAUUAAAACACCAGCCCAUGUUUACACUCCAAGAGUCUCUGUUAAUUCUGCAAGUCGGCCGGAUACAAGAAAAAAAGCCUUCACAGGAUAUGAUGUUAAAUAUAUGGAGCCUGUUUCCAGCAUGAGAUCCUCAUCAACAUCCAGUCAGUUUCAUUCUUACGAACCCUCUAGGAUUGUGCCCAUCAGUGUAUCAAAUCGUGCCCAGCAGAGUCCUGAUUCUAGAAGGGACAUGAUUUCAUUCACCAAAGCAGCUCAAGCAGCUGCUUCCGGUACCUCAAAACCUGGAGUUUCUUCUGUAGAGGUAAAAAGAGAGGAGAUAGAUCAGAGAUAUCUGAGAAAAGAGGUCUCUCAGCACCCUUCAAAAAGCUCACCUGAUCUUCCCCCCACUAGAAUCGAAAGUACACCAAGCUCAACCAUGUCAAAAAUAGAGAAACCAAAGUCAGUGAAUGUAAUAUCACCUACUGUGAGCUUGAGCAAGACCAUCACAGAAGAAAGCCGAGAGAAAGAUGUUAAACUGAAAGAAAAGAAAAUGGAUUUCAAACUAGAUCAAGACAAAUCUGAGGCAUCAAUAAAAGAUAAAAGAGGGGAUGUGAAAGAAUCAAUCGCCAAAGAUGUGAGAGAGUCUGAACAUGUGGGGCAUAAGGUAUUUGUAGGUGAGGAGAAAAUGUUAGAUGCUGUUUCUAUGGAGGAAAUCAUUCAGAAGGUCAUGAAACCAGCCGGUUUAGAUCCUAAGGUCAGCUCAUCCCCUGACUCAAAGGUCACAUAUCACGUAGAGAAAACAGAACAAGAGGAUGGAACCACCAAGACUCAGAUUGUCUUACAAUCGAAAGUUGAGGAGGAGCUGGACCUGUCUGAAGAUUCUGCCCUAGAGGAGCUUCUCAGCCAGGGAGUCAAGAAGGUCACUCUGGAGAACAUCAAAGGAACCCCAACGGGAGCCAUGAUUGAGAACCUGUUGAGUCUUGGCCUGCAAGGUGAGAGUUUGGAAAAUAAGUUGGUGAAUGUGGAGGUAAUCGAGGAACCGGUGGAUUCUCAGAGUGAUGAGGAGAGUGAAAUUGAAAUAGAGGAGACUGUGGAGAUUAAGUCUAAACAGCCAAGCAUCAGUCCCUCAUCAAUGUCCUUCCAAAUCGAGGAGCUAGAGAGUGACCCUAAGACCACAAAACCCUACGAGACUGAUUUUGCUAAAUCCUCACGUUAUGGGAACAGUGGGUCUAUGCAGUUUCAGGAUGUUUCCAAAGAAGAAAGUCUACCCUACUUCUCACAUGGUAAAGACUCACAAGAAUACUUCGUCUCCACUCCUGACGAGAACCUGUCAGAGUCCGAGGAAAAAGACAAUGAGUCGGAGGAUGGCGGAAGGUUUAUGUCAUAUAGCCAUUACGGAGUUGUGGAUGAUCUGUCUGAUGAAAGAUAUUACCAGGAAGAUGAUCCAAAACGACCCACUGCUGAAGGUCACAGUUACAGAGACUCACCUGAUUAUGGUGACCGCUCGUUUCUGAGAGACAAUAUCCAAGACUGCAUAAUUGAAGAGGAGGUGCACGUUUCUCCCACUCUGCAACAGUCCAUAGUGGGGAUCCUGAGAGAGGACUCACUAGACCCCGAACAGCAGCUCAGAGGAGCAUUAGAGCAAAUCCAAGACACUGUUUCUGGAGCCCUCAAGGAAGAGCUGGCAUUUUUCACGAAAGGUAGAGAGACUCCAGAGAAUGUCUCGGUGGACAUCAAAAAAAUAGAACAAGUUGCAGACAAUGGAACCAUGACUAUUGUGGCGGAGCUCAAUGUGUCCCAGACGUUGGAGGAGUCUGGACUGCUGGAAGAAGCAGAAGAUGAUCCAUCUGAAGAGCAGAUCAUGGCGGCGCUGAGCUCAUCUCAUCCAAUGCUCCAGCAGGCCAUAGGUGGAGCUGCCGGUACAGGAUACACCAUGAAAAUUUCCAAAGAGGAGUUUGAAACGGACGAAGUGCCAUGGAUGACCACCGAUGAAGAGUUCCAACAGUGGAGCUCAACCGAUGGGUUUGGCAAGACAGAAAAACACAUCAAGCUCGGCCCUACUGAGAGAUCUUUUACUUUUCAGAUGGAUGUGAACAACGGCUCUACUGCAUCAGUGAGUGAAGGAGCCAUCGAAGUGCAAAGCAGCUCUUCUGAAUUCUCACAGACUCAGAUGAUUGAGCCACACUUAAAGGUCUGUCAUGAGAAAAGAGUCGCAACUGUUUAUCUUGAAAGCCCCAAAGAUGAGUAAUAGCUUAAUGGAAUAGCAUUCAAUGAUGCAUUAUAGCUAAAAAUAGCAUGUCAGUCACAAAAUUAGACAAAUAAUAUCAGGUACAGUGGUCCCUCGCUAUAAGGCGGUUCACCUUUCGGGGAGUUUUGCAUUUUGACUUGCUUUUUUUUUACAGCACAACAUGUUCUGAGUCUGGAUUGGUUGUAGACCACUGUUUAUCAAUCUCCUCCGUGCCAUGUCUCCUAUUCAUACAGAAUGCGUUCGGCUUGCCAAAUUUGCAUAAAUCUUUGAUCGCUAGCAGUGUGACACUGAAGUGCUGUAUUGUAUGUUUGCAAGUUUUUUCCUCAACAAACCCUACAUGUCGACGAAACAUUUUGCACCAUCAAAGGCACCUGCGGUAGGACCUAAAGGCAGAGGAAGAUGCUAACCAUCGCAAAGAAAGUUGGACUUCUGGACAUGCUAAAGUAAGAUAGAAGUUACGUGGCUGUAGAGCGCCAUUACAGUAUAAAUGAAUGUUCGGUUCGUUAGAUAACGAAGGAAAAAAAUAACAUAUGGACAAAAGCAGCAAUAAAUUUCAACAAGGAUUAAAAAAGGCUUGUAACUGUACACAACAAGACCUUCAAAAAUAUGGAGUCUGUUUCAGUGACUGCAGUUGGUUUCAUUCUAUAAAAAAAGACUUAUUUUUCUACGAAGGUUUUAACUUUAAGAGUGUUUGAACAAGAAAAAAAUGUGAAAACUUUAAUGCCUGUCUGAGAAAAGUGUAUAACGUGUGUGGUGAGGGGAUUUGCAGCCUUAAAACAUCUAUAAUAAUAGUUAAAAAAAAAAGCCAACUACUUCGUGGAAUUCGCCUAUUGCGGGUUAUUUUUAGAACUUAACUCCUGUGAUUAUCAAAGGACCACUGUACUUGAAACUAGAAUUAAAAAGCAUACACUGAUGUUCAAAGGUUUGGGGUUUCAGUAACAUUUAAAAAAAGAAAGUAAUGUUAUUAAGCAAGUUAUAACUAUAUUGAUAAAAAUAAAAGAGGGUAUUUUUACAACAUUUCAAGUUAAGGCUGUUCAUUUGAAUGUCUAAGUUCUCAACAUUAAUAAGAAGAACUUUUUCAUAUUGCCUGGAAAAAUGUUCAAUUUUAACAACCCCCAAAUUUUGUGUCUGACUUAGCUAAUGUGUUAAAAAAGCUAAAGCGAAUCAUUUUAUUACUCCAUUUUGAUUCAUUCUUUAUAUAUAUGUUCAUCAUUAAUUACCUGGACAUUUUAUUUCAUUUUUACUAUGAUGCAGCUUUAAUUAACUAAGCUCAGAAAAAAAAUAACUGCAGUAUUUUAUUUCUUUUUCAUUUCAAUCAUCUUUCAAAGAAAUAUACACUGUGGACUUUAUCUAAACGCACAGUUUGUUAAAGUAUGGUUUUGUGCUUCUAGUUUCCAUGGCAUUAAGCAAAAAGCUUUUUUUUUAAUGAAAUACAUGUUAAACAAAAGUUUAAAAAAUGCAUAGAUGUAUGCAGAAAUUGUAACAUAGCGCUCUCUUUAAUUGCCAUUAUUCAUAGGAUCACAAAUUUGUUUAGUCACACACUUGGAUGUUGUGUGGUCUGUCUUUUGGCCAGAGUCAGUAUUUAGCUGUACCUAGAGCGAGAAGCACUAGAUUGUCCUUACUGUCUCCCAGAGAUCUCUUAAUCCUUAAAUGACAUUAGACCAGCGAGGACUAAUCUAGCAAUCCUGCUCUUCCAGGACGACACAUUUUUCAUUCUCUGGUAUACUGUGCAGAGACAGUAAGAGAGGGAGGGGGGGUGUGAUCACAGGAAUCUCACAUUAAAAAUAAGUGCUAGGCAGCUUACACACAAGUGUGUAAGUGCUUCCAGAAUAGCUAUACGGUGCUAUUAAGUCUGUGUCACAUUCUAUUAGCAGAACGAGGAUUCAGCUAGUCUAAUGAGAGUCUAUUCUUAGGCUUCAUACUCUGCCAUUGAAACCACCAGGUAAAAUAGUGUAACAGCUUCAUGUGCGUUUCCUUCUAUUUUUCUACAUACUAAACGUACUGUUAUCAGAUGCUAAAAUGAUGUCUGUUCUGUGCCUAUUAACAAUGGUGAUGGUGUAUGUAGAAUGAGGAAGCAUGUUGAAUUAUUAUGAAAAGUCAUUAUAUCAUUUAACGUUUCAUGUUCAUAUUAUUAUCUAUUUUAGAAACCAAAAAAAGAGAACAAUUGACCUUAUUCUGCAAUGCGGAAGUAAGCUCUUCUCUGAGAUUGUUUUAGAACCUCCGAUUCAUUUUCCUAUGAGGAAAUCACUAGGAAUAUUAAACGGCAAUAAACAGUCAAACUACCUGCUCUAUAAACAAUUGUGUUUAUGAAUAUACAAUAUACAAUACAUAAAAAUAAAAUAAGAAGAAAACACAAUUUUGCAACAUCAGCUUGCAGCCUGACAAGCGUUUUUUUACGACUGAAAGUGAAUGAGACCGGAAGUCUUGAACUAAUGAAGUUUAAAUGGCUUCUUACGCACUUGCAUAAAAAGAAAAAGGUCAAUUAGAAAUGUUAAAAAGAGAGAGAUCUUCAAUAUAUGUUAACACAGUAAUCCCAGGGUUUCUUAAACAAGUUGGGAUACAUUUGAUUGUACUUUAUUAAAGUUUAAAACCAAAUAAUAA